AUCGUUGUUUGAACGUUGCAACUAAAAUAUGAAGAAACCUUCUACAUAGCUUGUGUUUGUGAACGCUGUGGCUCUUUAAGCCGUCAAAAGAUCCAUACCAUAGAAGCUCAAAGAAGAAGGAAAUAGAGAGAGCUGAAGCAUACCAGAAGAGACAUGGAAAAGAUACGUGAAGACGAGGAGAAGACCAUUGGAGAAGCAAGCAACUCAACUGAGGAAUCGAGGGGUACAAUCACUGAACGGUUUGAUCCAGUGGAUUACACAGAAGAUGGCUCCAAGGAUCCAUCUAACUCACAGACGGCCAACUCUGAAGAUCAUGAUGUCAGUGAGUAUGAAAUGGAAGACGAGGAGGUUCUAGAGCUUUUUAGACGUAGUAGCAGCCUGAGACCAAAGGUAGCCAAGACCAGCAACUUUCCAUAUCCGAACAAAUCUGAAGAGAUGGUACUACAGUUCUCUGAAGACACUCCUGCUGAAACAGAACAAACAAACGUAGAGUUUCAUAGUAUGACCGAUACCAGCGCGAUCGCCGGUCCAGGCGCAGAGGAUUUGGAUUUUUCUGUAAUACUUGAAGGAGUCAGGUCAUCAUCAGAUUCAAAAGAGGAUAGUGUUGACUCAUCCAGUGACUCUGACCUUUCCAGUUAUUACUUUGACGGGUCCUUACCUGUUUCAGCUUAUGUGGAAGAACCUGAAACCCAUCAAGAUGAAUCUCAUCUACCUAAAGAUGAAAACCAGAUGCCUCUACUGCGCCUUAACCAACCCGUGCACCAACUAACUUCGUGGAGGAACUGCUGCGGACUCCUUGAGCUUCUCCGGGCUGAUGAUCCAUAGAAUACAGAAAAUAAGGAAUAGAAACAUAAGCACUAGUGCACUACACCCCAGAGCUCAGAGCCACAUGUUCAUAGAAAUUAGACAUGUGACAUGUUCCAGUAACCAUCACA